UCAAAGGCAAAAACUUAGGUUGUUAGGUACUUAGGUUUAUAGACCAGCGGUUAUCUUCUCCCUCUCCUGCGUCUGUUUCUUCAAUCCUAAGCAAAAAUCCAUUUUCUUUGGUUGCUUCUUCGUCGCCAUCACAACGCCUAACUUCAUCUUCUCUGACAUAAUCAGUCCUAAGAGGGAUCACAAAUCAAACUCUCUGUUUCUUGGCUUAAACACUCCACUAUGAGUACACGUUAUUCAACUCAACUGCAAUCAUCAGCCAUUACAUCCAUCACCGUCUCCUCAUCUUCUUCCUUAGACACCACUCCGCGGGAUGAUGAUAACACUCACAUGACUGCAUCUUCCAACGCUCGCGUUAACUCUCCAUCAUCCUUCUUGAUAAGACUUGCAAUGCGGGUAUCUAGAGCAAGGUGGUUCAUUUUCUUGAGAAGAGUGUUUCAUUACCAGAACGGUUCAAGAUCCGAUCUUGGCGCCAACCCUUUGGAGUCAACCACUUGGAUGAUAUCGGAGCUCAUCGCUUUACUCGUACAGAUCACUGUGAUCACAUUCACACUAGCUUUGUCCAAGAACGAGCGGCCUAUUUGGCCUGUGAGGCUAUGGAUCACCGGGUACAACGUCGGAUGUCUCCUCAGUCUGAUGAUAUUAUACGGCCGGUACCGUCAGCAAGACGUUAGCCAAAGCAAUGGGUUUACCUUUGGUGAUAUUGAGCAGCAGCAACAGAGAAGCAGAGAAGAGACCAGGUGCUCGCAUUUGAUGAACAGAUGCAGGACAUUGCUGGAACUCUUCUUUGCGAUAUGGUUUGUGAUAGGAAACGUAUGGGUGUUUGAUUCUCGGUUCGGUUCUUUCCACUAUGCUCCAAGCCUUCAUGUCCUCUGCAUCUCUCUUCUCGCUUGGAACGCUCUCUGCUACUCCUUCCCGUUUCUUCUCUUCCUCCUGCUAUGUUGUGUUGUGCCUCUCAUUAGUAGCUUCCUAGGCUACAACAUGAACAUUGGAUCCUCGGAGAAAGGAGCUUCAGAUGACCAAAUCUCUAGUCUCCCAAGCUGGAAGUACAAACUCAUCGACGAAACAUCUGAUUCUGAUUCUUCUCACGCAAGCAAUGAUCCGGAGUGUUGCAUAUGUUUGGCGAAGUACAAAGAUAAAGAAGAAGUGAGAAAGCUACCGUGUUCGCAUAGGUUUCAUGUAAAAUGCGUAGAUCAAUGGCUUCGUAUUAUCUCGUCUUGUCCUCUCUGCAAACAAGAUCUCCCCAACUAAACGAGUCAGAAGAUUGAUUGGAAUCUCUGAGUUCAACCAAGUUCCAUGCCUUUGUUGUUCUUUACUUGCGUGUUUCUUGUCUUUUAUGUUGUCCCUCACACGGACCACACCGGGUUACUUGUGUGAAUGUUAUUGUUUUUUUUGUUUGUACAAAAGGAGCUCACCAGGAACCGUAACCAUCAUACGCCAUAUACAUGAAUAAAUAAGAUUCAAGAUAAUGAUCAAUGUGUUUGU